UUGAGCAAAUUAAGCCAUCUUCGCCUCCCCUCCCACAUUAGCCAUGGCUGCUCAACCAAUAGUAGCUCCAUCGAUGAUAAGCGACCCAGAGAGUUCAACAAUACAAGAAGAAUAUGUCCUCCCACCCAAGGAUUUCGUAGCCGCACUUCCAGUAAGAGAGGGGUGGUCUGAACCACUCGUCCAAUACAACAACUACUGGUUCAGACCCAGGCUCCUCGAGCGAAUCCUGCUGGUGAAGCAGGACUUCGUGCCCCGUGCUGACGACAUCAUCCUCGCCACGCAGCCCAAAUGCGGCACCACCUGGAUCAAAGCCCUUGCCUUCACCAUCACCAACCGAUCCUGCUAUGGGUUCGGCGACCACCCGCUCCUCACACGCCACCCACAGCAUGUCGUGCCAUUCAUCGAGAUCCCGGCCGCCGGCCUGAUCCACACCGACAUCCAUACACUUUCGUCUCCGAGGCUUCUCGCCACGCAUGUGCCCAUGUCGUUGCUCCCACCGGACACGAGAUCGGUCGGCUGCCGGGUCGUGUACCUGUGUCGGGACCCCAAAGAUGCCCUCGUGUCAAGGCUGCACUUCGAGAACAAGGCGUUCCAGGGCACCAACCUGUCCAUGGACAGUGCUUUCAGCAUGUUCUGCGAGGGCUUCUCGCCCUAUGGCCCCUUCUGGGACCACUGCCUCGGGUACUGGAGGGAGAGUGUAACAAGGCCCGACAGCGUUCUUUUCUUGAAGUAUGAGGAGAUCAAGUCCGAUCCGGUGAACACCGUGAGGAAGCUGGCGAAGUUCCUCGGCGUCCCGCUGACUGAGGAGGAGGAGAGGUCCGGCGUUGCUCAGGAGGUGGUGAGGCUGUGCAGCUUUGAGGCACUUACCAACCUGCAAGUCAAUCAGGUCGGCCGCGUACGCCUCGGUGAUAACAUUUUCAUGAGUAACUCUGUGUUUUACAGAAAAGGAGAAGUUGGGGACUGGGCAAACCACAUGAGCCACGAGAUGGGGGACAAGUUGGACCGCAUCGUCCAACAAAAGCUUGAAGGAUCUGGGCUUGUGUUUUGAGUCGUUGUUGUCUGUUCCCUUCUCCUUUCCUCACCAUGUACGCCGUAUUGCACAUUCCAAUAAGAGGAGUUUGUUUCUUUUAAAUCUAUGUACAUUGUGGUUUAAUUAACGAAAAUGUACAUGGC